UUGAAUAAGUGGGCUGGUCAACAUUCAGAAUAAAUACCCCCUACUUUCUCUUUCUCAUCACUCUUUCUUCACUGCAGACUCACACAGCAGCUCUGAACCUUCUCAUUUUCAACAACAGAAACUAUGGUCUUCGCUGUGCUUUCAAGGGUCCUUCUUGGGAUCGUGUUGCUUUCUGAUAUUCAAAGUGUGGCGAAUGAAAAGGUGGACAUUAACACUCUCGCCAGGAUUCAAAGAUUUUUUCAUUUUAAUUAUGAAAAUGGUUUGCAGUAUGCAGUGGCCAUCAAUGUCCCGAAGAAGCAGUGUCGAAGUCGUUUCUUCCCAUCCCCAGCUAACUUUCUGAAAAACGACCCGUCAGAAGAUGUUAAGCCUUACAUAAAACGUGACAGUAUGGAAGUCUACCAAGGCACUGAACUCAUUGCUGCAGGGGUUCACAGAAAUGCACAUUCAGAGCAUUUACUGAUGAAUCCUCCAUUUAAUUCUCCUUUGACACACUUGCUGAAUAAAAGGAAUGAUGGAUGUGUGGUUUUCUACACUUUAAUCUCUCCCUGUGUAGACAAGUGUCUUAACAGCAAUGUUGUGCUUUCAGGUCUUUGUGAAUUAGAGAAUUAUCAGGGAAUGAAAGCCUUUGUUUACACAUAUAUCUAUAACAAAGACCAGAACAAACAAAACCUACGUAAUGAACUGCAAAAAAUUGCUAAUCGUGUGCCACUUUACCGCUGUGGCAGAAAUGGUUGUAUCUACUGUGAAAAUACUGUGAUAGACGCAUGCUUAAAUGGGGAGUUUUGACUUAUGUAGAGUUUCUUCAGUGCUUUAACUGAUGUGUGCUUCUGCACUGCGUUUCUGUAGCUGCUGAGACUUUUGAUGAUACAUUUCAAUGUAUCAGUUUAUAUGCCGCCUUUUGCUUUGUCAUUUGCUUUUUCAUUAAAAAAAAAACUUACAAAUGAGUGAAUUAAUCAUUUGAUUUAAGAAAUAUAAGAAUAUUAUUAUGAAUUCUUAUGGCAAUGUAUUUGAUAAGCUCUUGAAAUGCUUGUUUGUUCAUGCUUUGGGUAACAAUAUAUUAAUGGCUUUUGCUGAUUGGAGAAAUAAACUUAUACUCACCA